CUCACCUUAGGAGGGAUUGGACCUUUGUGGAUGCCAUUGGGGGCCGCCGCGACGGUGUGUGCCCAGCCAACUCAGUUACGCUCUGUAGCGGUGUCCAGCAGGAGUUACGUGGAAACACCGAGUGAGAUCUUCACCUGUCUAGGGAAGAAGACGUGCUGUGAUUGGCCGUCUGCAGUUUACUCAGCGGGACGUAACGUGUCGGCCCCGGCCGUGAGUCCGUCCUAGCCCCUCGCCUCUUGCUGCAUUGGAUGGUUGCUGUGAUGUAUGGAUUUAAAUUCAGAUACUUACCUUCACACUAGCUAAAACUGACUUACCCAGUAACGACCCACAGCCCUAGAGAAUUUGCAAAGUGCGGGAGAUACUCACUUUUACACCAGCUAAGCUAAUUUACCCAGUAACGGCCCACAGCCCCAGAGAACCUGUAGAGUAAAGAAGAGACUUACCUUUGCACGAGCUAAAGCUAACUUACCCAGCAACGAUCCACAGCCCUAGAGAACAUGUAAAGUAAAGAAGAGACUUAACUUUACCUGAGCUAAAGCUAACUUACCCAGUAACGAUCCACAGCCCUAGAGAACCUGUAAAGUGGAGAAGAUAUUUACCUUUGCAUGAGCUAAAGCUAACUUGCCCAGUAACGACCCACAGCCCUAGAAAGCCUGCAAAGAAGGGAAGCUACUUACCUAGCGCGGAUACAGGCACUCAGGGAGAAGGCGUAGUGAGGAAUUAUACAACGGACAACUCAUUUGUUGUUUAUUCUGCCCUCAGGAGGAAUGAGGUGCGCCACGGGAAGUCCUCGCACGCAAGAGGUGGGCCGUGGACGAAGGAGCUCCGCCCGGCCCUUGCCCUGUUGUUUCUUGGCCCGCAGAAAAGGCUUCUCCCCUCCAACGUCCCUGGCCCCGUAGUAUUCCCCCUGAGGGCGAGAAGCGAGACUUUUUAGAUUCCCUUUUCCCCAUUUCCCACUUUAGUUUUAAAUAAUUUAAAUAAAGUUGAUGGUUUUAAAAGUACUUAUCUCUUGUUGUUUGGUCAUUGGGGUGCUUUUGGGACCUCCUCGAGGUGGAACGUGGGAAGGAGUGAGACGCACACAGUCUGUGGUCCGCUCCCCCCCUGUGACACUAGCCUAUGUGAAAAUUGAAUCCAUUCACCAUUAAAAAAACACAAAAGCCAUCAGUUUAUUCUGUUUCAGUGAGGUGUGUUGGAUUAAAUCAUUUCCACUUGUUAAGGUCUCAGAAUGGAGGUACUGUAGCUUUAAGAGCUGAUUUGGAAACUUGUGACUCACGGUCAAUUUUAAACCUUUAACAAAACGCUUCAAAGUUUCACCUCUGGCCUGCAGAGGAAAUGAGGGAGAUAAAAAAGUUCACACAUGAAAAGUGUGAAGAUUGGUCACAACCAGUUUGAUGUCAGUCAAAAUAGGUCCUCUGAUCCUUCUGCUCAAGUUUCCAGAUAAGUCAGUCUGUUUUACUCACUUUAAAUGAAGUUGUUUAUAGCAUACACACUUUAUUAUUGUCAUAUUUCAUAAGGUUGCCAUGAAACCGAAAUAGCGAUUGUCUUAUUUUGCCCGUGGAAAUGUAUAUCCGGCUUCUGAAAUUAAGAAAGGUAGGGCUUGACUUGAAUUCGUCCAUCGAGAACUGAUUGGAUCGUUUAAAGUUUGGUCAUGCUGUAGAUGUGUUUAACUUUCACCCCCCGUCUUUAGUCAGUGUACUGCAGUGUGAAAUGUAUUUUAGUGAGUGAGAAGCUUGUGUUGAGAGUUUUGCAAAUAGUGCAUAACUACCUAAACUUGUUUAAGGUUUGGUCAAAUGAUUGAAUGAGUUGACAAAUGGGUUUAAGCCACUGCUUAGAGCAGGGUUUAGAGUUUUAGAUCAGCAGUAUCUGUUGCAGUAGUUAUAAUAAAACAUUCAAGUGCAGCACUUUUAUUUUCUCACCACAGUUAAAGGGGGAAGAGGAAGUAUAGUAUUGUCUUGGGUCAUUUGGUUUCUUUGCUUGUUUGGCUUCACUUCGUGACCCUUCAUUGGCAUCAUUACACUUCAAAUGUCAUGGUGGCGUGUCAGGUUGGUGAGUGUUGAUCACAGCAGAGAUGAGGAGCUGAAGUGUUUUUACUCUUAUGCAGUGUCACGGUUGGGUGGAGACACAAACAGGAGGAAGUAUCGAGAUAUUGGCCGUGUCAGAUAAACUUCUCUGCUGCAGACAGUAAAACAACUGAUCACAGAAGACGACGCUAAAGCAAGAAUGUUUGGUCUUUUCUUUGUAAUCAGUCUGCUUGUGAUCCCAGGAAUGUGUAGCCAAACCGGGACAGUAAAAUAUUUAAACGCAGUAAAAUGUGUCAUAAAGGGCUCAGAGACACUUCUGUUUGGCAGUUUCACCUAUCCUGAUGGUCUCAAUAUAACCAAGAUAUUUUGGACCAUAGAUCCAGUAAAAGAUGUGGAGACACCCGAUCUGUCUGAAAUACCAGAAUAUAAAGACAGAGUUAAAUACAUUCUGGAUAAGAAACAAAACUUCAUUCUCAAACUGAGUAAUGUAACAGAUGAGGAUGAGCAUGUGUACUACAUGAAAAUCUUGACAAAUGUAGAAAAAGAAAAGUAUUUGGGUCGUCCUGGAGUUCAGCUGAAAGUGACAGAGCUCAGGGUUGAGAUUUACAAUGAUGGAAAUUCUACAGUUUUAUUUUGCAAAACCACAUGCAACCUUCCAAGCAAAACAAAAUAUAUUUGGUACAAAAACAAAAGUCCUUUAUCAGAAUCAUUCAGUAGUAAUAAACUGAUACUGCAGUCUGUGAGCAGAGAUGAUGAAGGAGACUACAGCUGUGCCGUGAGAGGAGAUGAACAUCUGAAAUCUCCAGCUGUCACACUUACUGUCAGAUCUGGCAGUAAUACAGUUCUGCACGUAACUGCAGGAAUCGUGGCUGCACUCAUCUGCAUCUGCAUUGCUGUUGUAACAAUGAGAAUCAUAAGCAGAAAGAUUGCGGAUACUGGAAUCAGAAGUUACAGAUCAAAACAGGAGAAUAUCAGCGUGUCAGCGACAGAUCAGAUAAGCUUGUGCGAUUCAAAAACAACCACUGAUUUAAUGUACACCAGCAUUACUCUUCUACGACCCAGUGCAUCCAGCAGGGAUCAGAAUGAUGAAGAUGCUGAUGAGGUUCAGUACGUCAGUGUCAGUCACCACAAAACCACACAGAAGAACAACGCAGAUGCUGAAGCUCAAUGUGGGAAGGAUAUCAACCGUCCUGCAAUUUCAUCCAGAUCUAAUGUUGGACUCAUGGAAGAUUCCUCUGUCAUCUACAGCGGCAUCAAUGUCCCGUAAAGAAUUUCAGCAGAGCUUAAAAUGAAUUAAAGCAAACUGCUAGCAGAACAUUUAGAUUAUAGAGAGGUGGUUUCCCUAGUCCCAGAUUUAAAUGCAUGUUUGUCUGCCUUCAUUUAAAAACAUCUUGCACUGACAUAUUUUACCAUAUAUCAGUGUCAUUGUUUUGUCUUAAGAUGCACACCAGUAAUGUUUUUUGUAAGGUAUGUUUGUAUAAACUACUUAAAUGUCCUAAUAUGGCCUCAUCCUGGAUUAAUCUAAACCCUGUCCUGGAAACU